GGUCUCCGCCCUGCUACUCCCCUCUUAAAAUUCCCUGCAAAUUAAACAGCUGCCAAGGGCUCCAGGCACAUAGGAUCUCAGACACGAUGGUCACCUACGUGGCAGCGCUGCUGCUGCCGAUUCUAACGCUGAUGCUCGCUUGGUGGGGUUGGGUGGUCCGCCGAGCUCAGCUGCAGAGAGGCUUACCCCCGGGGCCCAAGCCGCUCCCGUUGCUGGGGAACCUGCUGCAGCUGCAAUCUGGACACUUGGACCGUGCGCUCAUGGAGCUCUCCAGCCGCUGGGGCCCAGUGUUCACCGUGUGGCUGGGACCGCGCCCUGCAGUGGUGCUGUGCGGCUACAAGGCACUGCGGGAUGCAUUAGUGCUGCAAGCGGAUGCAUUCUCCGGCCGCGGGGCCAUGGCUGUCUUCGAACGCUUCACACACGGAAACGGCAUAGUGUUUUCUAAUGGGCCGCGCUGGCGGACGCUGCGCAACUUUGCACUUGGGGUGCUGAGAGAGCUUGGCGUGGGUACGAGGACCAUCGAGGAUCGCAUCCUGGAGGAGGCGGCGUGUGUGCUGAAGGAAUUUCAAGCCACCAUGGGAGCUCCAUUUGACCCCCGGCAGCUUUUGGAUAACGCUGUAUCCAACGUCAUUUGUUCUGUGGUCUUCGGAAAGCGCUAUAACUAUGGGGACCCGGAGUUCCUGAGGCUCCUGGACCUCUUCAGUGACAAUUUCCGCAUCAUGAGUUCUGCAUGGGGUGAGACAUACAAUAUGUUCCCAUCCUUCAUGGACUGGAUCCCUGGUCCCCACCACCGAAUCUUCAAAAACUUCCAAGAGCUCCGACUCUUCAUCUCUGAGCAAAUUCGGUGGCACCGGCAGUCACGACAGGCCGGGGAACCCCGUGACUUUAUUGACCGUUUCCUCGACCAAAUGGAUAAGGAACAGCAGGACCUGGAAAGCCAUUUCCAGGAUGAGACACUGGUGAUGACUACUCACAAUCUUUUCUUUGGUGGCACCGAGACCACAAGCACCACUCUGCGUUAUGGGCUCCUCAUUAUGCUCAAGUACCCAGAGGUGGCAGCCAAGGUGCAGGAGGAGCUGGAUGCCACUGUAGGUCGGACCCGUGCCCCCAGACUGGAGGACCGUGCCCACCUGCCUUACACCAACGCGGUGCUGCACGAGAUCCAGCGCUUUAUCAGCGUGCUACCACUGGGGCUGCCUCGGGCUCUUACCCGAGAUACACACCUCAGGAACCAUUUCCUGCACAAGGGCACAUUUGUGAUUCCCCUCCUUGUGUCUGCACACCGGGAUCCCACCCAAUUCAAGGACCCUGACCAUUUCAACCCCACCAAUUUCCUGGAUGCCCAGGGCGAGUUCCAGAACAACGAUGCCUUCAUGCCUUUUGCCCCAGGAAAGCGGAUGUGCCUGGGUGCUGGCCUGGCCCGCUCUGAGAUCUUCCUCUUCCUCACUGCCAUCCUGCAAAAGUUCCGCCUGCUCCCCGUGGGAAGUCCUGCCAACAUCGAUCUUACUCCACAGUGCACUGGCCUGGGCAAUGUGCCACCAGCCUUCCAGCUCCGUCUGGUGGCCCGCUGAGGUUGGGCUCCACUACUCUGAUCCCAGCGGCCCUGAUCUCCUUAGCUGCCCUAACUGUCCGUGUAAAUCUCUUUUCAGAGAGGAAUACAAGUGUGUGCAGCUCUGAGGUAAACUUUUAUUUCUUGGCUGGCAGGACCUCCAUACCCAUGCUCCUCAUGGCACCUUCCUCUGCCCAAG